UCCCCGUCUCCCGUAGCCUCAUCGGGUUUGUCUAAAAAAAAGAAAAUCUCUCCUCUCUCCUGAACACUCGUAUCAGUCGGCUGCCCACCGUCGCCGGUCCAAGAAGCCGCCUGCUCGUCGGCUACUCCGCCGCCCCGCUCCCCCCUCCCUCCGGAUCCACCUUCCCCUUGUACAGGCACAGGGUCGGUCGUUGGAGUUCCACCCUGUCACCGAGCGAUCUUUCUACUAGCACCGUCUGACUAUAUAUUUCUUGCUGUAGAUGGAAAUCACAAUUAAUUCCUUGACGUACAAGGGUUCGAUUCCAGAUGCAAUUAAUCAAUCAAGAAGGGAGAAAAAACUCUUUGUAAUUUACAUAUCAGGUCAAGAUGAAACCUCAAGUAAUUUGGAACAGUCUACAUUGGUUGAUGAACAUGUGGCUGCAGUGAUAAGCAGAUGUUGUGUGUUCUUGCAACUAAAACAGGGCGAUGUUGAUACGCUUCAAUUUUCAGCUAUCUAUCCACAGAAGUCUGUCCCAAGUAUAUCUGUCAUCGGACUGAAUGGUGCUAUGCUAUGGAAUCAUGAGGGGUAUAUUAGCCCAGAAGAUCUUAAGGAAAGCAUUGAGAAAGCUUGGGCUGCCCUUCAUCUGCAGGAGACAGCGGCCACCCUGUUAACUGCAUCACUUGCUUCAAGAAUGGCUGAACCUGCAAAUACUGCUUCUUCAACCAUGCCUGCUCAAGAAGGUUCAUCUACUUCAGAAAAUCAUUCCAAUUCAUCAGGUCAAUCCUCAGAAUCUUCUGCAGUCCGUGGAUUUGCUAAUUCUACUAAUUUGGUAGCACAACCACCUAGUAGCACAAGCCAAGCUGAACUUCUCAAGACAAGUGAAAUCCCCAAAUCAGAUUCAGCUUCAUGCAACAUAGCUGUUGAGGAAAAGCUAGAUUCAGCAUGCCAGGCUGUGUUGCCAGAUUUUUCAGCGAGCUCAAAUAUAGAGAAUUCCACAGAGCCAAAUCAGACAGUUAGUACGCCCAAACCAAAAAGUAAGAAUAAAGUUGAUGGGAGUAGCACUAAAGAUCCUUCCAAGCCAGCUUCUAGCAUACCAACUAGGAGUACUCAACAGUUGCCUGUGGAACAAGAUAAGGCAACUACUAGCAGAGCUAUUGAAGUGACCACAGAUUCUGCAAAGAAAGAUGAUAUUCAGCUGGCCAUUCGUAUGCCUGAUGGACCUAGCCUGCAGAUUAAACUGACAAAAGAAGAUGUUUUAAGGAAGGUGAAGACUUUUGUGGAUGAAAACCAAGGUAGUGGGAUUGGAUCAUAUAAUCUUGCAAUGCUUUAUCCUAAAAAAGUGUUCACGGAACAAGAUAUGGAAACCACAUUGUAUGAGCUGGGUAUUGAAACCCGCCAGGCCCUUGUCGUCGUUCCGUCUGUUAAAGUGGCAAGGCACCAAUCGUCAUUGCCAUCCAGCGAUCUGGAUCGUACUGGGAAUUCAGACAAGUCGGGUGGUUGGGGUUUUCUGGGGGCAGCGUUAUCAUAUGUGAAUCCAUUGUCCUACUUGAGAGGAAAUCCCACCCCAUCAAAUCUUGAUCAACUGGGAAAUGAGGGCUCGCAGCAGUACAAACCAAGCUCUGAAUCCCAACCUCUUCGUGGUGAUGGAAGUCAACAACCAGCUACUCAUAGCUCUGGAAAUACCUUGAGAAGGCGGCCCCGACAGUUCGGUGGCAACAUUCACACUCUAAACAGUGAAGAACAAGAUCCAUCUGAUAAUAGAAACGUCUUCUGGAAUGGGAAUUCUACAGAGUUUGGAGGCGAUGAAAAGAAAUAGGGGGUGACGGGACUGUUGGAGUUAAAUAUGUUGGGAAAUAAAUAUGUUGGGAACAACUGAGGUGUUGAACAACAGUGUUUAUACAUAUGCUGGGAACAAACCGAGGUGUUAAAUUAUAGCCCUUAUACAUAAGUAUUAAUAUGGCAUGUGCAAUCCUAGAAAUUACUUUGUUCACCCCAGGAAUGACCUUUUUCACACAUAUGAAUGAGGGUAAUUUUUCUUUC